AUGUCAAGCACGCUAAAGGGGAUUACUCUGAAGGGCAGCGCAGAACUCGUUGCGGAGUUCUUCUCAUUUGGCAUCAACAGUAUCUUAUACCAGAGAGGAAUCUACCCUCCAGAGACGUUCACUCGAGUGACGCAGUAUGACUUAAGUCUUCAGCUCACCACCGACCCCAAGCUGAAGAAUUACCUGAGUAACGUAGUGUCACAGCUCAAAGAAUGGCUGUUUGACUGCACCGUACAGAAGCUGGUGGUUGUUAUCACGUGUCUAGAGACGAACGAGGUUCUGGAGAGGUGGCAGUUUGAUAUCGAGUGUGACAAGACAGCCAAGGAGAGCAGUGCUCCCAGGGAGAUGUCUAUGAAAGCCAUUCAACAAGAGAUCCGCUCAGUCAUCAGACAGAUAACCGCCACUGUCACCUUCUUACCCUUACUGGAGACUGCCUGUGCGUUUGAUCUCCUCAUCUACACCGACAAGGACCUUGAGGUCCCUGAGAAGUGGGAGGAGUCAGGUCCUCAGAUGAUUGACCAGUCAGAGGAAGUCAGACUGCGUUCUUUCACCACCUCCAUUCAUAAGGUCAGCAGCAUGGUGGCCUACAAGAGAAUGGACUCUAUGUAA